AAGACCUGAUAAAAAUGUCCGCUGCUGAGUCUGGUAAGAAUCCUGAUGAUGGUCCAGGCUACGAAACUCUGGCGGAAAUUACUAAAGCCAUGAAAGAAGCAGGAGUAGAAAACUGUGGACUAAUAUUUGGUAUCGACUAUACAAUAAGUAAUAAACUGCAAGGACAAAAGACAUUUGAUGGCCACAGUCUCCAUGAUAUCACAAAGGACAAAAUUAACCCGUAUCAAGAGGUAAUAUGUAUACUUGGAGAGACGCUGGAACCGUUAGACGAUGAUGGGAUUAUCCACGCUUAUGGUUUCGGUGACAGGAAAACUAAAGAUAAAAAGACAUUUCCGCUUAAACCACAGGGUGAAUGUGAAGGUUUCGCAGAAGUACUAGAUGUAUAUAAUGAAAUGACACCAAAAAUCAGAAUGGGAGGUCCAACUAAUUUUGCUCCACUGAUAAGAAAAGCAAUAGAUAUUGUGAGGAAAAACCAGGAGUAUCACAUUCUUGUAAUCGUGGCAGAUGGUCAGGUGACAAGCGAAGAGGAGACAAUCCAAGCAAUUGUUGACGCUUCAUGCUAUCCUCUGUCUAUAGUCGUCAUAGGAGUCGGGGACGGUCCCUGGAACGUCAUGAAUGAUCUUGAUGAAAAACUGCCAUCUAGAAAGUUCGAUAAUUUUCAGUUUGUUGACUUUCAUGAAAUCAAAGCCACAGCAAGAAGUCCUCAAACAGCAAUAGCCAUUGAGGCAUUAUCUGAAGUCCCUGAACAGUAUAAAGCUAUCAAAAAGCUGAAAUUAUUAGAAAAUAUGUGAAAACCAGGAACGUUUUUAAUAUUUUUGUUCUAAAAUCAGUUCGUGUCACAACUGUUCAGUUAUGCUGACACCAUUUGUGAAGCCUUGCCUCAAUAAUUUUCGUUGCAUUUCCAUUGUUUUUAAGAACAAAUGUACUGUUUUUCUAAAAUGGAAGAUCAUUCUAUAAAAUUAUAAAAACAUUUAAUGCAUUCAUACAUUAAAAUAGUAGCUUCUUUUCCGACGAAACUUCAUUCAAUAAAUAGCUAUUAGAACAUCAUACCGAGUACAAAUAUACCACUAGAUCCUGAAAUACUGUUCAAUAAUCCAUUUAUACAGCUAUUAGAAGACAUGUGAAAAUCAUAAAGUGAUAUCUUAAAUGUUAUUGCAUACAACAGUAAUACGAAAAAUCGCUCUCUGCAUAAAUAAAGUAGGUAUUUGUGUAUCGUCAUGUCAUAAGUUUAACAUGUUUGAAGACAUUUAAAAUUGUUAUUAUGCACAGUCCCAUAUGCGUAGAAAAAAGCAGAUACGAUACAGUAAAACCUUCACUUAAUUUAUUUUGGUAUUAUUAAUAUAUCAUAUUGUAGUUAUAAAUACAUUUAAAUUUUCAUUGUUUGAUAACGAAAUAUCAUUCUACAUAAUCCUAAUAAGUGCAUUAGGGUAAACAUAAAACAAAGAAAUAAGCAUUCGGAACCACAUUUGAACAUAAGGAAUACAUUUGAACAUAAAAUACCAUCUUCGAUCCAGCUUGGCUUAGUCUAUACCUCUGUCAGUAACAUCGACCUUCAAAAUGUUCUUGUUCUUUUUUUACGUAUCAUUUCAUUUGACCUUUAUUAUUUACAUUUGUCU